AUGCUGCUGGUUUUGGCCGGUACCGCUGCGGCAAGAUGGCCGACGUGGGGAGUGGGGGCAGACUCGACCGGGGAGUCCUCGUACCGUGUCGGCUCUGGCCUCUCGCACAAGAGACCCUACUUUUUCGGGGGGGGCACCAGCGCCACAGGCGCCUUUCUCGACCAUGUGCAGCUGGUCAGGAAGGGAUGGGACCGUUCCAAGCCUACCACGCCAACCCCUAGCUCAGCUGGUCUACUCAGUGAGUUGGCGGGCGAGGGCAUCGUCUUCUCGAAGGACCAUUGUUCCGACAAUGCCGAGCGAAGCUGUUGA